UCCGAGGUCAGCUGGUGCUGCCGUCAGGAGGAGGGACAGGCUGGCUUACUUUCUACCCAGCCAGGCUUAUUUACUAUGGCUGACGAUCUGGAGCAGCAGCCUAAAGGCUGGCUGAGUAGCUGGCUACCUACUUGGUGUCCCACUUCGAUGUCUCAGCUGAAGAAUGUGGAAGCUAGGAUCCUACAAUGUCUCCAGAAUAAGUUCUUGGCCCGCUAUGUGUCCCUCCCAAAUCAUAACAAGAUCUGGACCGUUACAGUGAGCCCAGAGUUGGAGGACCGCACGCCCUUGGUGAUGGUGCAUGGCUUUGGGGGUGGCGUGGGCCUCUGGAUCUUAAACAUGGAUUCACUGAGUACUCGACGUACAGUGCACACCUUCGACCUGCUGGGCUUUGGAAGAAGCUCAAGGCCAAUAUUUCCCCGUGAUGCCCAGGGUGCUGAGGAUGAAUUUGUGACCUCUAUAGAGACCUGGCGGGAGACCAUGGGUAUCCCCAACAUGAUUCUCCUGGGGCACAGCUUAGGAGGCUUCCUCGCCACAUCUUACUCUAUCAAGUAUCCUGAAAGAGUCAAACACCUCAUCCUGGUGGACCCAUGGGGUUUCCCCCUUCGACCUACUGACCCCAGUGAAAGCCGGACACCCCCAACCUGGGUCAAGGCUGUUGCUUCUGUCCUGGGGCGUUCCAAUCCUUUAGCUGUCUUAAGGGUGGCUGGACCCUGGGGGCCUGGCCUGGUGCAGCGAUUCCGUCCUGAUUUUAAGCAAAAAUUUGCUGAUUUCUUUGAUGAUGACACGAUAUCAGAGUAUAUCUACCACUGUAAUGCACAGAAUCCCAGCGGUGAAACUGCAUUCAAGGCUAUGAUGGAGUCCUUCGGCUGGGCCCGGCGCCCCAUGCUGGAGCGAAUCCACCUAAUUCGGAAAGAUGUGCCUAUCACUAUGAUCUAUGGAGCCAACACCUGGAUAGAUACUAGUACUGGAGAGAAAGUAAAACUUAGGAGGCCAGACUCCUAUGUCCGAGAUGUGGCUAUUGAGGGUGCCUCACACCAUGUCUAUGCAGACCAACCACACAUCUUCAAUUCUGUGGUGGAAGAGAUCUGUGAGUCAGUCAACUGAGCUGCCAUCGUCAAGAAGGAGAAAAGAGCACAGAGACUCAGCCCUCAUCUCCCUCUCUACUUCCUUCUCUCCUUACCUUCACCAACUAAUAUGUCUCCUAGGCAGAGCCACGUAUUCUUCAGAGGGGUGGGGCAGGACAAUGGUGAUGGAACAGCCCCUCCUGUCUACAUCCUGGAGAUAAGAGGCAGUAGUGGCCUGGAGCUCCCCAACUUAGGGAUUUCCAUAAAGGAUCUUAGAUCCCAUCCCGUUCUCUCAUGCCAAAGUGUUAAUAAUGAGUUGGUUUUAAGUGUUGCAUAAACCUAGAGAUCUCUUUAUGUAUUCUACUCUCUAUAUACAUAAUGUGCCAAAAGGUCGGGGGGCACCUCUCCUCAUCUAGAACAGAGAAAUUAAAACUAUCAAGCCUUUCCCAGCUUGGGAAGAUUGGGGAUUUCCCAUGACUGUUGCUAGGAAUAGGCCCACCCUCUGUGGAAACAUCUUGUAUGUUCCCACCUUUUUUCUCUGGGCCAAUUCCUAUGUAGACCCACAUAGCACAGAUCCACUUUCAUUACAUUGAACCUAUCCUGAGGCCUGAAAUCCUUAUUUCUUUGGGUUCCUUAGAAUGAUUUUUCAAAAAGUCUUAGAGCUAAGAGAGACCUUAGAGACCAUCUGCUCUAGUCUCUUUAUCUUAUGCAGGAGGCAAUGGAGGCCUAAACAAAUGAGUGACUUAUCUAAGGGCAUAAGGUUAGUCAGUGGCAAAGCUGGGACUAGAUCCCACUUCUCCUGAGACUUCCAGUGUCUCCUCUACAUGUCACUGCAUCUCCAGAUUUUUUACUCUUAGAGAAUGAAGCUGGCCCAGCUACCAUAUGUAUAUGUGUAUAUCUGGGUUAUUAACUCCAGAGUGAUCAGCCCAUUUAUGUCUCAGUGUUGCACUCCCACCUAUGAUGGGCAGCAAUUCCCCUCCUGGUUCCACCUCAGCCUUGGGUUGGCAUUAAACCAUAGAGUAAGCCCAGUGUUAUGCUGACCCCUCCUGACUAUUCACUAGGAGGCCUUGGAGUCUCCCUCUGUGCCUUGGGCAUUGAAGCCUCUUAUGGAUUGAGUGAUCCCUGGUGGGGAGAUGAGGGCAGUGACUUCAACCCCUCUCCCAUUGCUGGAAUCCCCUAGUAUUAACAAAAUCUUGCUACCGGCUAUCAGCCCCAACCCAAAGCCCCUGGUCCUGUUGGGGAACCUCAUGCCAACUUGUCCCUAGUGCCGAGAUUGCUCUCAUUGUGUGACCCUCAAUCAUGGGGUCAUUGUUGCCAGUUUAGUCCUGCUAAUUUCCGUGUCUCAAUGGGGCAUUGAUGUAGCUUCUACCCUGGGGUGCUAGGUAGUGUCAGUGAGACCAGCCACCUGAUGCAGAGUAUCUUCCAUCUACCCCCUUUACUAAUUUUAUUUUUUAAACAGAUGUUUCAGCAAUAUUUGUACCAGCCCGCUCACCUUGGAACCCUUUUUCUAUAUUAAUAAAGAAAUGAGGAAAAUGCUUA